CCCACAUUCAUUGCAAAUCAACUCACUCUUCUUCUUUUUCUCUCAUUCUCAUUCUCAGUCUCAUUCUCAUUCACAUUCUUAUUCACAUUCUCAUUCAACUUUUGCUGUUGUUGUUGUCUCCCUUUUCCUUUCCUUUCCUUUCCUUUUCCUUUUCCUUUUCCUUUCCUUUUCCUAUUUACUUGGACUGUUCAAUUUUGAACCUUGGAUAAACUUUUUCUCUCAAUCUUCUUCCUUUCCCUUCUUCUUCCCUUCUCUUCUUCUUCCUCCUCCUUGUCUCGACAAUAGUUUGUCAUAUAUAAAGAUUAAUUGAAGACUUUUUCUUUUCUCAAAUGUUUCAAUCUCUCAAUUACAUUUCAUUCCACGACCUAAGUCCAGAAGGCCGUUUCAUAUGGGCCUCUCCCAGCGUAGUCGAUGUACUGGGCUAUCAACCCGAGGAGCUCGUCGGUGUACCAGUCUAUGCCAUCAUUCCAGAAGAGGACAUUCCCCUGACAAAGACCGUCCAUCUAGAAAAUGUCCUAAAUGACCUUGCCGCCAGCCAGAUCGUUCUCCGUUUCAAAACCAAAGACGGUCGUCUAGUCACCUGCACCUCUGUCUUUGGUCUUUGUUAUGAUUUCAUCUUUAACUGUGCAACCGUUAUUGAUCCAAAUGCUGGAAGUUACAUUCAAAUGCGCGCACAUUCUUCUGCUAUGACCCGUAUCGUAGGUUCCAGGAAAGAGGAAUUCACAAGGAUGAGGAAGCAUCAUGAAGCAUUUGCUGCUAGUACAUGGAAUGAUAAAGGACUGUUACCAGAACCGCGUGUCUGCAUGAUUUUGAAUCGGUUCACCAGGAAUCUCAUCAUCAUGUAUGCAUCCCCAGCAACAGAGCAAAUCUUCCAGUUAGAUCCAGACGACAUCAUCGGCAAACCAAUAUUACUCUUCGUCCGAGCUGAUGACCUGGGCUCGUUUGUAGAACAAAUCGACAUCAGCAAGGCCUCCACUACAAUCGUUCAUACCAGAUUCUGGUUUCAAUCUCCCAAUUGUUCACAAGCCAUUCCUUGUGAAGCAAUGUUCUUUGGCGCUGCAGAUGGACUAAUAGCAGUCAUGCGACGCUGUAAACCUUUUGUUCGAAGGCGCUAUAUAGCCGAGUCUGCUUACUUUUCAACCGCUCAUGACUAUCAGUACUAUCAGUAUUGCUGUAGCAACAGCAACAGCAACAGCAACAACAGUCGUUGUUCUUCUUGGUCAUCUGCAGGAAUCGAUACCAAUGCGGUCACAGCUCCACAAUCCUAUUUACACACACCCAUAUCUUUAUCCCCUUCACCAUCAUCACUCCAUCGCUUAUCAGCAAGUCCUGUCCGAAAUGUACCCAUGUCAAGAUUACGAGGGAUUAGGAUUCUGGAAAUCGGUGAUGAACGGAUACGACCUUUAUGCAUUCCCUCCAACGAUCCAAGUCUUGUUCCUGAACCAUCUGCAUUACUUCAUGGUAUCAAGGAGUAUCAUUCACAGGAAGAUUAUAUCGAAGAAGAUGAAGAUGAAGAGGAAGAGGAAGAGGAGGAAGAGGAGGAGGACGAUGGUGAAGAUUUUGAUCAUGAUGGUGAUGAUGAGUUUGAGUAUGAGUAUGAGAAUGAGCAUGAACAUGGGCAUGGGAAUAAAUAUGCGGACCAAUUGGAUCACCAUGACGAUGAGAUGGAUUACAUUGAUCGUGGUAUUGGCGCCAUAGACUUGGAUCACAGGACAUGGAUACAGAGCGAACCAAGUCAAAAUCGUUCUCAUCCUUCUCCUCCUCAUUACUCUCAACAUCAUAACACCUAUCAUACUCCUCGUCCUCAUCCCCAUCCCUAAUUCCCAUCCCCAUAGGUUUAAACACAUUGUUGGUUUAGUAGACUAGUGUCUUUUUUAAUAGAUUGUAUAUUAUGUGU